GCUAAAGAAAAAUGAUGAUUUUGCAGGCCAAGGAGGACUGCUUCGACAGCAGAGCAGGUCUCUUGGUGUUUUUGCUAUCACUGAUUGAAAGUACACAGACUUAUUGGCUCGCGGAGCGCUACGAUAUUCCCUGUGAACAUUUUGCAAUGCACCGCAGCAUUGCUAAACUGCCCGCAAAAUUCCCGUUUUUCCCCUCGCCACAGCCUCCGGCGUUUGUUAACAGUGAUUGUCUCCCAAUAUUUCUUUUGGGUUCAUCCUCCAGUAACUCAUUCAACGCCCAGCUUCAUCAAUUAAGUAAGUAUACCAUUCAACCAAAAGAACAUCUCCAGCACGUCCUGUCCUGUCUCUGGACUUUCCCCCGCGGACCCGGGCUCUUGGAUCCCCAGUGCCCUCCACUUUUACUCCACACCUCCACCAGUUAGUACGUCUACACUGGCAAGUGACCUACUCCGUCGCUGCUUCUGGC